CAUUAUCAUAUUGUUACAUACGAGGUCACGGCCCAGCACCUCCCAGCUUGGGCAAAAGCUAGCACCAACCUAUCAAUCCGACGGGCCUCACCUACCUUUUAGUCGGGAGUCGAUCGAUACACCGUUUAAGAAAGUGUCGCAACCGGUUUUUGUGGAGUGAGCCAGCGAGUCAUGGACUUACAAAUUGAGGAGUAUAAAUACCAUGAUGGCACUGUUUACAAUGGUCAGUGGAAUGAACAUGGACACCGGCAUGGCAUCGGUUACCUGGCUUUUCCAGACACCAGCAAAUACUGGGGUCAAUUUGAAGAUGGAAUGUUUGGGGGACUUGGAAUAUUGACUUUUCAGGAUGGUUCAAGGUAUGAAGGAGAGUUUAAGAAAGGCAAAUUCCAUGGUCUUGGCAUUUUCACAAGGAAAGACAAGAUGGCUUUUGAAGGCGAGUUUAGAGAGGGGAAAAUCUGGGGACUAGGCCUUGUCACGUUUCCUGAUGGCUCCCAUGGUCUUCCAAGAAAUGAGGGCUACUUUGAAGGAAACCAUAUCAUCAGACGUGAAAAGUGUGCCAUGGUGGUCCAUCAAGCACGCAUCACUGCAAACAGAGCUAAAAAGAUAGCAGCAUAAACUUAUAACUAAAUUAUCACUGAAUAUAAUUUUUAACAAGUGCUUAUUUUGCUAGGAAAGUGUAAUGAUUUUGUCGAUAAUAAAGGACUACUUGAGCGGGAGAUUUUGGGUUUGGUCAAGAAUUAAAAAACUGGAAAUAAUUGUCAAAGGUGAUAGAAAUGCUACCAAAAUAAACACUUUCUGAGGCCUGUUAAUUCUUUAUUCACUGGAAUUUGAUCUUUAUGCACACAGAAUUGUGUAAAAAUUAUAUGUGGUAGUUUGGAUAAUUUUUACCUCUGAACAUGGCUGCAUUGAAAUUUAUAGCAGACAAAUCUGUUGCUAGUUGGAAUUCAAUCCAAUUUUGUCAGAGAGGUGUCAAGGGAUGUAAAGAAUCUUAUCUGACAUGGUUUAAACACAUAUUAUCAGCUAAAUUUUAUUCUCAGCAUGUACCUCUGAGAAAUGGAAAUUCUUAUGAUUGAGUGCACCCAUCACUAAACCACAUGAAAAAAAAGACGCACCACUUUUUGAUUUCUGUUUUUCACUUGUACCAUUUCUGUGCACUUAAAAAAGAAGCACCGUUUCUCUUAUUUUGAUGAUUUACCUUAAUAAUAGGGUGGUUUCAGCUUGUAUAGUAUAUUGUUAUAGUUUUCUGUGGAAAUGAGUAUGAGUAUUUUUGCACAGGACAUAGCAAGUAUGAAGUUUCAGAUGGGUUCAGUGGUGUAAUUCUUCAAUGUUUUAACAUAAAACAUACCUAUAGUGUUUAUUAAUUAUCAAACAGAAAUUCUUAUUUUGCAAUCAUAUACACAAAUUUGUUUUUUCUUAAUAUAAAUAGUUUUGGUAUUGAAAGUACUUGUUUAAGUGUUUUUUAGACCUUUAUUUGUACUUCACAACAUUCUCAUUUUGUAUAUAAGUAGUUGGCUGUUGUUUUAUUUAUGUAGUGUUUUAUUGAUUUUGUUAUGAUGCACCACUGUCUGCAUAUCUAUAUUAUUAACAGGUACCUACAGCUGCAUAUUGAUCUCACAAAUCCAUCUCAAAAAUGAGAUCACAAAAUCCAUGAGACCUGCACAACAUGAACCAGUGAAAUUAUAAGGAGCUUUAAACUUCACUUUAUGUACUUUGUGGUGUUUACAUCCCUUUUUGGACACUAUUGAGAACAAAUCCUUUAGUGUAAAGGAAGUGAGAAACUGAUCUCAGUGUGCUAAAUAUUUUUUAUUUUUGGUCUAUCAUCACAUUUAACAUUUUUCUUAAACUUUUUGAUGAUGGGGAAAAGAAAUGAUAAACUGCAUUUUCACUGUAUUUUGUAAGGAGAUUAAUGUCAUCCCUACCCACCCACAGCCACUCCCUCCCCCCCAAAAAAAAUGUAUUUAUAUUAAACAGAUUUCACAAAGUAUAAAAAUGAGUUAGAAACACUAAAUGGUGUUGUGGCAGUGGGGGGUAAAGCCUUAUUGUGACUGUGUUUCUCUAGUAGCACUAUAAUACUUACUAGCCUGUGUGCGAAUAGAGAUUGUCAAAAUUUUGUGACGAUGCCAUUUAUUGCUUAAAAACCUGUCUUGGAAUUAUUCUGUUGAUUGUAUCAAGUUUUACUGCACAUUUCCAACUAUGUAUUAAUGAGAUAUUUUUAUUUUAUAAAUAAGUCUACUGUUUUCUAUUGUUCAUGUCAAAUUUUGAUGAUUUGUAUGAUAUACAAUGAAUGGUUAAGAAAGUGAGAUUCAGCUGCAGAGAGUAAUAAUAUUCUGUUUAAAGAUUAAAUGUCUAGUGAUAAACCAAAA